CGGCGGCGGCGGCGGCGCAGCGGCUUGCGGAGAGGCUGGGCCAUGCGGGCGGGCGCGCCUCGGCGGGUGGCGGCGUGCGGGGUGGCCGGCUUGGUGCUGCUGGCCGCGGGGCUGGCGCUGCUGCUCGUCCUGCCCGGCGUCCUCCGGGAGCAGGUGGCCAAGAAUGUCAGGAUACAGCCCGACUCCAUGUUUUUUAACCUGUGGAAAGAUCUCCCGGUCCCUUUCUACUUCUCAGUCUAUAUUUUUGAGGUGCUCAACCCAAAAGAAGUUUUUGAUGGAAAGAAGCCGGCUGUAGAGCAACGCGGACCUUAUGUCUUCAGGGAAUACCGGGAGAAAAAAAAUAUCACCUUCCACGAAAAUGGUACAGUCUCCUUCCGAGAAUACCGGCGUUUCCACUUCCAGCCAGAGAGAUCAAAUGGGACAGAAGAGGAUUAUGUUGUGGUACCGAACAUCUUGGUGCUAGGCGCUGCUGUGAUGUUGGAAGAUCUACAGUCUCCUUUACAGAUUGCAGUUAGCACUGCUUUUUCCCUCUUCCGGCAGAAAGCCUUCAUGAACCGGACGGUCGGCGAGCUCUUGUGGGGAUACGACGACCCCCUUAUAAAGUUCUUGAAUACCAUCAGGCCCGGUUUGAUGCCGUUCGGUGACAAGUUUGGCUUACUUGUCGGUAUGAACAACACUGAUAUGGGACUGUUCACAGUGAACACAGGUGCCAAUGACAUUUCCAAAGUCCAAAUGGUGGAUAACUGGAAUGGAUUAAAACAGGUGUCGUAUUGGAAUUCCAAACAAUGCAACGGGAUCAAUGGAACGGCUGGGGAGUUGUGGCCACCUUUUAUGACUCCUUCUUCACCACUAGAGUUCUACAGUCCUGACGCAUGCAGGUCCAUAAAACUGCAGUUCAGGGAAACUGGGGAAUACGGUGGAAUACCGACAUACCGCUAUGUGGCUCCAAAGACUUUGUUUGCAAACGGAACAGAUUAUCCACCCAAUGAAGGCUUCUGCCCGUGUCGGCAGUCGGGAAUCCAGAACAUGAGCUCCUGUCGGCUAAGUUUAAUGAGGCAACAGAUGACUGGAGCGCCGCUCAACGUGUCUGUCCGGUUGCAGCUAAACCUCUUUAUCAAGCGGGUCCCUCGCAUCAUUCAAACAGGAAAGAUCAGUCCAGUCGUGCUGCCUUUGAUAUGGUUUGAAGAGAGUGGAGUGCUCGAUGGAAAACUCUUAAAUGAGUUCUACACUUAUUUAGUGAUGGUUCCGACUGUGCUAGGAUACCUGCAGUACUGUGCGAUUGGCGUUGGAGCUGUCCUGCUCGCACUGAUGUCUUUCCUGUGGCUCAGGAACAAGGUAGGAACAAGUUGA